AUGCCCUCCUCGUCCGACUCGGAACCAUCGGCGGGCACGGUCGUCGGCGAAUCGAUUCCGACGCCGAUGAUCGCGGGACUCGUGGCCGGCCUCAUCUUCUCGAUCCUCGUCAUGAUUUGCCACAUUUCGAUUACGAAAUGCCUGCUGACCGCCCGUCUCAAACACUUGCCACGUGCGCGCAAAGUCAAAGUGAAAAAGGCCAAAAAGGGCAAAAAGGGCGGAAAAAAGGGCAAGAAGGGAAAGAAAGGUGAGGCGCGAAUGGAUGGACAAAAUCGGAAAAGCGAGCGCGUUUAUUUCAGAUGAAACUUCUGCAAGUACUGGAACGUCUGGCGCAACUGGCGGCACUUCUGGAUCCACGAUUGCAAUGUAA